AUGAUACUUGAUGAUCUUGACAGAUGUUGGGCUAGUGGUGAUAAUCUGCUCGGUCAAUGUGGCCACAAUGGACCAUCAUCAAGCACUUUCAUUCACAUACCGGGCACCUACUCACAUGUUGCUUGCGGUUGGGAGUUCUCCAUUCUAGUUGAUACUGAUGGCAACAUUUGGAGUUGCGGCCAUGGUCCUAAAGGCGAACUUGGCGUACCCGGAGUUAUAAAUACGCUUGAGAAGCUCAAGGUAUUGAGCUUGAUUAAUGAUGGUGUUCACGAAAUUCGUGCAGGUUUGAAUCAUGUCUUAUUAAGCACCAAGAAUGGUGAGAUGUACGGGUGGGGUGUAUCACGCAAAGGUCAAUUGGGGGAGAGUCUGGCCAAGCAUCUCGACAAGCCCACCAAAUUGACUAUCCCUCCGGGUAACUUUCGUUUAGGACGGGACUUUUCUGUAGUGGAUCAUUUUGGCAAACUUGAUGUCUACGGGAAAUUCGAUUAUGACCUUGAGGAAUUCUCCUUUGACAAAUUUGAUACAAUGUGGACAUCAAUUCAUUGGUUAGACGGAGGAAAUCUUAUGGGUAGAGGUAACGAUAGACACGGCCAGAUCGUCAGUGCAAGCGACAUUGAAUCCUUUGUGACUGGAAGUGAACACGGGCUAGCGUUGAAAGCAGAUGGCGUUUAUGCCUGGGGUUGGGGUGAACAUGGAAAUUGUGGCAUAUUAUCUGGGGGUGAUGUUACAACAAAUCAUGAGCUUGUACGAAUUGGAGAUCGCCGCGGUGUAGUUGCCUUGUAUGGGGGUUUGGCAACUUCAUGGGUAGUUUAUGAAGAUAAGAGUUAA